ACCGCCACAACCACCACUGCGACUGCGUUGGUGAUCAAGGCGUUGAAGGAGCCGGAACGGGACCGGAAGAAGGUGAAGAACAUUAAGCAUAGUGGGAACAUAUCGCUUGAUGAUGUUAUUGAGAUAGCGAAGAUUAUGCGAGCGAGGUCUAUGGCAAAGGAGUUGCAGGGGACUGUGAAGGAGAUAUUGGGUACUUGUGUUUCCGUUGGGUGUACGGUUGAUGGGAAAGACCCAAAGGAUUUGCAGCAGGAGAUUGCGAAUGGUGAUGUUGAGAUUCCUCAAGAUUAGAUUUAUUCAUGAUCAUCAAGGUGUUUUGGUAGGAGGGUUAUGGUUUCAGUUGUUUGUUAUUUGUUUUGUUUUGUGAC